AUCGACGUGAUCACCAGCCGUCCUUCAAGCUUUCUUAGCCACACUAAUGCUUUUAUGAACGUGGCGACAGAGGAAUUCUAUUGUAUAUCGCCUACAUAUUCAAGACAUUCUGUGUUUUUAAUAAAAAAAAAAAAGAAGAAGCUGCAGUUAAAAGUAGCAUAAAGACGUUCAACUGCAGCGUGACACCAGUGCGCGGGAGCGAGAAGUGUGCAGUCCUCGUUUGCAGGUGCAUUGCAAGAGGGAUCCAGGACAGCAGAAAUGGAAAUGUUGCAGGAGCUUUCUGCGCUUUAUUUGAACAGCAGCCUCCAGAAUGAUUACGCAAACAACAGUAACGUCACCAACCACACCAGUAUCAUCUACUACCCUUACUACCAGCACUCUUUAGCUGUGGCUGCCGCCCUGACCGUGGCCUACCUCUUCAUCUUUCUGCUGUGCAUGGUGGGAAAUGGCUUGGUUUGUCUGAUUGUGUUGGAGAACCGGCGGAUGAGAACGGUCACCAACCUCUUCAUCCUCAACCUUGCUGUGAGCGACCUUCUGGUGGGCGUUUUCUGUAUCCCAACAACCCUGGUGGACAACCUCAUUACAGGUUGGCCAUUCACAAACACAGUCUGUAAGAUGAGUGGUCUGGUGCAAGGCAUGUCUGUCUCUGCCUCUGUGUUCACGCUGGUGGCCAUCGCAGUGGACAGGUUCCGUUGCAUUGUGUACCCCUUCCAUCCCAAACUGACCCUGCUGGUGGCCAAAGUGACCAUAGUGAUGAUCUGGGUGCUCGCGGUGGUGAUUAUGUGUCCGUCGGCGGUGACAUUAACCGUGAAGAGAGUGGAGCAUCACUACAUGGUCCACAAUGAAGAUUACAACCACACAUACCCAUUGUUCUCCUGCUUCGAGAACUGGGCCAGCCCACAGAUGAGGAAAAUCUACACCACCAUUCUGUUCGCCCACAUUUAUCUCAUUCCUCUCACCUUGAUCACAGUCAUGUACGGACGCAUCGGGAUCAAACUCUACACCACAUCUGUGAUCUCUGGGAGCGAUCAGCAGGAAAGCAGACAGUCUCACGGAGCCCAGCAGGAAGGAAGGCCAAUCAUUUCCCAAAAGAAGAUCAAAGUGAUUAAGAUGUUGAGUGUGGUGGCACUUUUAUUCACGCUCUCCUGGCUGCCUCUGUGGACUCUGAUGCUCCUCACGGAUUACGGAGGUCUACAUGAUGACGAGAUGGAUCUUCUGAGUGGCUAUGUCUUCCCGUUUGCUCACUGGCUGGCUUUUUCUAAUUCGAGCGUCAACCCUAUUAUUUAUGGCUACUAUAAUGAGAACUUUAAGAGGGGAUUUCAGGCGGUGUGCAGAACGCAUUCAAGCUGCUGUGAUGGGAUGAAGGCGAGAAGCAGACCGCAACGGAACUCCAGAGGAGAUGCGAGAGAUCCUGUGGUCAAUUCCAACCCCUUGGCUUUUGGUGGAAGGAACCGGGUUUACACUGACGGCGAUGUGAAGGACUCCAGAACGUGUCUGGAGUUGGAGCACAGGAGAACCGGUCGGCUUUGUAAUAACUCGGUCUGCUCGAAUGACACGGGAUCCAGCGUGGGUUCUGGGAUAAAAGGGGUCACGAACCAAAAAGUGUUUCAGAUGGAGGAAGCAGAGAAAAUAAGUCCUGUCAGGGUGGGUAUAAAUCAAGCCUGGGACCAAUAGAUGGAUUAUUCAUGCCAACAAAUGACUCAGGCUUUUAAGACUCCACAGAUCUUUAACUAGAUCAAGUCAGUCCUAAGCACUUCAGAGAAUUUCUGCGAAAACACUGGGACAUCAUUUCCUUCUCAAAGCCUGAAGAAACUACUUUUCUACAAGAAUUAGAAUUUGAGCUCAAAAUUCAUCUUUUUUUGUUUUUUCACAAAGUGCAAAUGAGCGGCAUUGAAAGAAGCUGAAGUUGUGUAUAAAGAAAUAUUUAUUCAGAGAAUUUCUGCGAAAACACUGGAACAUCAUUUCCUUCUCAAAAGUCUGAAUCAACUAGUUUUUCUACAAGAAUUAAAUUUUGAGCUCAAAAUUCCCAAUUUUGUUUUUCCGCAAAGUGCAAACGAGCUACGUCAAAAGAGGCAGAAGUCGUGUAUGAAGAAAUAUUGUAUAUGAAACCAUGUGUUUACAGAGAUUCUACUGUAUAUAGCCCAACUGUGCCACUGGUUUCAUCCACAUUAAACUUUGACUUUUCAACUUAAAUUUAUUUAAUUACACUCUCUGAAAAAAAAAAGUACAAAACGUAAAAAUUUUUUUUUUUUUACCUUAUUUAUGCCUAAAGGGUGCAUAUGAAUACCUUGAAGGUACAUAUUAGUACCUAAAGUUUUAGUAUCAAAUAUUAGUAUCAAAUUGGUUCAAAUUACUCCCUUUUGAAAGCUGCCCCAGCGACAGCUUUUGUACCUUUUUUUCUGAGAAUUUAUGCAUAAAUGUCACACAUUUAAAAUCCACCUGUAGCCUAAACAUUCAACAGGACAAUCUGUGGGCUAAUUGGUGAAGGACUCCAUUUUAAACAUUUUAAUCUUGUUGAUAUUUGAAUCUGAGUUUGUGAAAUAACGUUUAAGCCAAACCAUUUUUCUCAGAUCAGGCAGCAAGCUGCGCUCACCAAAUGGGCCGUGUUUAUCUUUUCUCAAGACGGUAUUGCGCAGUUGCACAAAUGUAUGCAUUUGUAUUGUGUAUAUUGUAUUUGUAUUUGUCCACUGUUUGUAAAUGUGAAAACCAAUAGAGUUUAUGGUAAAUACCAAAGUGGACAGAUGCUGUCUACUGUAGAGGGUGAACAGAACAGCAGCGUGGUGAGGAUCUUUGAUUAUGACUCAAAUGUUUAUAUUUUAGUGUUCACUCUGUGUCCUAAUUGGUCUGCGCCAAGUGGUUUAUGUAAGACCUGGCUUUUGCUUUAGCGUGCAUUGAUGUCUUAUUCUAUACGUAAUGCUGUAAUAGCAGGAUGAAUGUACUUUAAUGGACUGUAAAGAGAAUGAAUGUAACCAGUUCGUUCUAUUACCUCUCUAAAAAUGUAAAUGAAUAGCCAUUACAUCUAACUGUGUUCUUGGGCCUUGAGAACGGUCACACACAACACCUCUUAGUUUA